GAACUCAAGAUCAGAUCAACUCCCAACACCACCAAUUGGCAUCUUCUUCUUUUUCCAUACACAACUUUUCUCUCUUUUUCCUAUUUUUUACACUAAUCUUGAUUAUGGAUGUUAGAUUGUUAUAUAAUGAAGCUUCAUUCAAGCUCAAACGAUCCGUCCUUUUGUUAUGUUUUUGCUUGUUUUUUGUUCCUUCCAUUCAAGCUAUAAGACCAACCAUGGAAGUUUGUAGCUCAAAAUCCAAUUUCGAUAUCAAUAUUCAACAAGUAGACACAACGCCUUAUACACCAAAAGCUGGUCAAGAUGUUGAUUUUACAUUCCGGGUCUUCACAUGGGUGGAUAUCUCAGAAGCCACAGGGAUCAUGAUCGAGACGAGCCUCGAAGAGGUUCAACCCAAUCGAACAUCGACUGAAAUAUCACACGGAGGACCAUUUCCCCUUUGCAGUAUCACAACUUGUCCCAUUAGACGGAUUUCGUAUUUUACUUUCACUACCCGCCAUAAAAUGCGAUCUACCUGGGGCUUUACUCGACUUACUGUGGAUCUAAAGAACCACGACUCUUCUCUGUGGGCUUGUGUCAAAAUGUACUUUUUUGUUAAUCCUUGAUAAACUCUGAAGGGGCUCUUCCGAAUGUGACAUUGCCGGGUCCUUAACUUUGUCCAAUUACAAAUGGGCAAAAAGGGUUUAUAUAUGUGUCUUAUUGUACACAAAUUCUCAGUCUUUGUCAUUAAAUUAAGGACUUCGUUAAUAAUUUUAAGUAACUGUUACACGCUUUUGUGGUAUUGUUAAGUUUUUUUGUUAAGAAAUGUCAUCUCACUACAUGCCGCUUACUAUUCAUCA